UAUAAAAAUUAAACUAUAGAUCUUAUAGCUUAAAAAUAAAUGACCAUGAAAUUUCGUACAAGAACAAUGACUUCUGUGCACAUUCUAAGCCCCUUUCUAGAAGUUUUAGCCCAAGAAUCAAAUAUGACAAUUCUAACAAAAUCAAAAAAGCAAGAUCUACAUAUACUGUUAAAAAAGAUUUCAGUCUUAUUAGAUGGUAGAGAUGUGGUUUGCGCACUUAAUUCAGAAAGUAUUAAAGAAAUCAUAGAUUCACUAAAAGUUUUGGACACAGAAAGAUUGCAAUUACACCAAGCAGUGGAAGAAGAAACAAUUAUAUCAAGUGUCCUACGUCAUAAAGUUAUGAUGUUUCCUAGAAAUUUUAAAAAAGAGAAACAAGAUGCUGUUUUAUCUGCUUAUCUCACUAACAAUGCAACAAUCAAUCAGUUGAAAGAUCAGUUAAAGAUAAUUGAAGAAAGCAUCAUUCAAAUGAAGCCAUAUUUAGAGCAAAUAAAAGAAGAAAACAAACUUCUUGGAGUGAAGGAAAACAAACUGAAAAUGUGUUAUGAUGAGGUCUUGGAACUUCUCAACAAAACUCUCUCUGUGAAAGCUAGCUUACAAAUUAAGCUAAAUGAAACUUAUGAAGAACUUCAAAAUAUUGGGGAAAAGACAGAAGAGUUUAAAAAUGCAUGUAUUGAGUUAGAUGAUGAUAGAAAAGCAGAGUUUCAAGAGUUUACAACCAAGAAACAAAAACUCACAUCAGAAUUGAAUGAUACUUUAAAGAAAAUUGAAGAUCAGAAUGUAUUAAACUAUAAAAAGAAAAAUGAAGUUGAUGAUGCAAGAGAUAUUCAGCUGUCAUGUGAAGCAGAAAUGAAAGAUAAAAGAAAUUUAAUAGAGCUACUACAAGAAAAUUGUGAGAAACUUUAUGCUGAUAAAUUACAUCAAAACAUUGAUUAUGAGAAAAAAGUUCAAGAAAUAGAAAGUUUAACAUUAGCAAGAAAUUCAACUCUGGCAGCUAUUUCAAAAAUUAAAGAGGAGUUUCAAGUUUCAAAAGAUGAGAUCUGCAAUCAAUUACAAUCGUUGGAUGAACAAAUUAAGGCUGCAAAAAGUGAGCAGAAAAAGCUUUUAGCAGAUAAAGAAAAGACUUUGACUCUUCUGGAAAAUGCCCUCAGUGCUGGAAAAAAAGAAAGUAUUAAAGCUGAAGAAGCAUUAAAAAGUUUAUGGUCAGUUAAAGACGAUUUUUCAAAUCAGUCAAUAGAAUGUGCAAAAUUAAAACGUGAAAAUGGUGAGCUGCAAGCAUCUGUUGAGCGAAUUUUGCAGGAUCACAUCAUAGCUACCACAUUGCUAAAUAAAGAAUUUCAAAGUCUUCAGCAAAGAUUGGUAUUGGAAAGAAAGCAGAGACAGAUUCUUCAAACUCAACAUAGCACAUUAAGCAAAGAGGGAGAGGAUUAUAUCAAUGAGUUUACUGAGUAUGUGAAAGAUGCAGCACUAUUAAUUAAUACUGGAAAAGAUCAGUGUCAUAAACAAAGUGAAGAAAGUAUUUUAUUGUGUUUUGAGUUCAAAGAAGCCGAAAAAAAAAUUAAAGAAAAAAAAGAAGAGUUAAUUUAUCUCAAAGAAAAUUAUCUGAAGAUGUAUUCAAACUUAACAGAAAAAAUAAGAUUAAAAUCACUUAAUACAUCAAUGUUAGAAAAAGAACUUGCUGAAAAAAAUGAUGAAUUUGAUCAAGCCCUGCCAAGCUAUGUUGAAUUUCAAAAUAAAUUUUCAAAAGUUAGUGUUGAGCUUGAUCACCUAAAAAAUCAAUUGAUUGAAAAAAAAGAUUUGAAGAAAAUGUUAGAAGUAACAGUGGAAAAGAAAAAAAAAAUUCUCCCUGAAAUGGUUGCAGUACAAAAAAGUUUGAAUGCAAAGAUUGUUGAAAGUAGAAAAAUGUAUGCAAAUCAACUAAAGAAAGUUUGGGCAGAAGUUCAUGCUAUUGAAAAACAAAUCAGUGAAGUGUCUUUUGCAUUUGAAGUUUUUAGCAAUGAAAAUAUCAGACUUAAUGAGGCUGUAAAUAAUUUUGAAUCAGACAUCCGCAUUAUGAAUACAGGUCUUGAAAAUAUGCACAAUGAAAAGCUAAUAGUUAAAGGCUUACUAACUAAAAAUAAAGAAAAACUAAAAAUGCAGUGUGAUGAACUGAAAGCUUUAUACGAGAAGUACCAAGAGAAAGAUAUUCUUAUGAUCGAGGAUUUAAUGGCACUUGAGAAAAAAACAUUAAAUAGAGGAAAAUCCGUAUCUGUUAUUUGCAAGAAGUUUGGAAAUAGGCUAACUUAUUUUUCGGAGUUCAUUCACAACGUUGCUGUUUGUGCUGAGUAAAAUGAAUUGCCCAUUUAUAAAUUAUAUAUUAAAUAAUUAUGUAUUAAAUCUAAAAAAUAAUUUAAUUUUUAAUUGUCCAAUCAUAAUUUUAUAUUAAAUCUAAAAAGCUUUAAUAUAAAGCUAUAAUUUCUUAUAAAGUAUUUAAUUUCAAGUAUGAGUAUAUGAAAUCAUUGUUUAUUAAAAGUUGUUGUAUAAGAGUAGAUAAAUACGUUAAUUUUCUCAUUAACCAUUAUUUUGUUUGUCUAACUUUUAAAUGAUAAUUAGGUUGUCUUUUUCUACAGCUGAUUUGAUAGUGGUAAUGUGGUGACUCUUGAUAAAUCAAAAGUUUUCGUCCAGCAUGGUUUUAUCCAAAAUCUUUAUAUGAUGCAAAUUAUUGAAUUUUUAGUCUACAAUCGCUGUAUAAAAUUUGACGGAUAACACUUCUUUACAUUAAAUUCAUUGAUUCAUUGAGACUUCAUUUUGAUUUUCUUCAUAAUGAUUUUUUUUGAAAACUUUUUUUCUGAUAACUCAACUAUAUUGCCUUAAACAAAGUUAACAUUUUUUCAUACUUUUUAAUAAGAUUAAUAAGAUAUAUUG